AUGGGUGCGCUGCUCCGCCGCACCGGUUUUUGCUCGUUCUGCGCAGCUCUAAAUACAUCGCGAACCACGCGGCGACAGGAGACUGGCAGGCCGUCUGCAAACAGGGCCAUCACACGGAUGGACAACGUCGACGUGACAAUCGAUCAACAGCCGUCGUCAGUCGUUUGUCCGGAGCUCGUCAUUUGUCUCCUUCAGCGCCUUCCGGUGCCGACCGUCCAUGCGCGACUGAGCUCUCGAUAUAAAUGCACUGAGGCGGUCCAACACCUGCACACUGUACAAAAGCAGCCACGGCAGAAGCAGCAGUUGCAGAAAUGA